AUGAUCACGUGCUCAUUUCUAUCUAUCUACCUUAGUGUGUUCCUGUCUAUCUAUCUAUCUAUUCAUCUAUCUAUCUAUCUAUCUAUCUAUCUAUCUAUCUAUCUUUCUAUCUAUAUCUAUCUAUCUAGUCUAUCUUCUGUUCCCAUCAAACUAUUAACCUAUCUAUUUACUUCUAUCCUAUCUAUCUAUCUAUCUAUCUAUCUAUCUAUCUAUCUAUCUAUCGUAGCCUGCUCCUGUCUGUCUAUCUAUCUAUCUCAGUUGUUCUCCAUCUAUCUACCAAUUUAUUUAUUUUUCUUUCUCUCUCUUUCUUUCUUUUUCUCUCUCUCUCUCUUUCUUUCUUUUUCUCUUUCUUUCUUUCUUUCUUUUUCUCUCUCUUUCUUUCUUUCUUUUUCUCUCUCUUUCUUUCUUUCUUUCUUUUUCUCUUUUUCUCUCUUUCUUUCUUUUUCUCUUUUUCUCUUUCUUUUUCUCUCUCUCUUUUUCUCUCUCUUUCUUUUUCUCUAUCUUUUUCUCUCUCUAUCUUUUUCUCUCUCUCUUUCUUUUUUCUCUCUUUCUUUUUCUCUCUCUCUCUUUCUUUUUCUCUCUCUCUCUUUCUUUUUCUCUCUUUUUCUUUCUUUCUUUUUCUCUCGCUUUUUCUUUCUUUCUUUCUUUUUCUCUCUUUUUCUUUCUUUUUCUCUCUUUCUUUCUUUUUCUCUAUCUUUUUCUUUCUUUCUUUCUUUCUUUUUCUUCCUUUCUUUUUCUCUCUCUCUUUCUUUUUCUCUCUCUCUCUUUCUCUGA